AUGAGAUCUUUUGGAAACAAUGUGCGCCUUUUCAGUCGUUGCGCCACUGUGUUAAGAAACAAUAAGGCGGGCCUGCGAAAAAUUCCGACUCCAACGGAGCAAAUACCUUCGGUAGAAGUGUUUUUAAACAAGAUCGGCCGGAAAUGCAAUGAGCACGUUGAGAUGUAUGAAAACAAAUGGGAAAAUCUGGUUUCCUGGGAUUCGAGUGUUUUGAAAGAGAAGGGAAUGGCUGCACAACAGCGCAAAUAUAUUUUGAGUCAAAUAGAGCGUCUGCGGAAGAACGAACCGAUCGUCGAGAUCAAAGAGGGCAAAAAAUCGAUCUUGGGUGGUGAACGCAAGCGCAAGGAAACGGUUGCAAAAAUGCGGGCGGAACAACGUGCCGCGCAAAAUGACACAGUCUAG